AUGACCAGGUUCGCUCUCCGACGCUGCGCUUCGCGCGUGCUUUCGUCUCGUCCUUCUACGCUCGUUUCUGCCUCCCGCACAUACUCUUCUAUCAGUGCCUCACCUUUUAGAACAAGCAGGCAGAUCCCGAGCUUCCAGUCUCAGAGAAGAUGGGCAUCCACUGAAGGCGAACAAGCCGCUGUUUCUACGGAACAGCCGCCGCGUGCUGCAGAGCCGGCGAAUGCAACUGAAGCUACCGAAGAAGCACUCCCUGCCGCCGAGACCAACGAAAGAUUGACAUCAGAGACUCGAGCUGCUUCUAGCGACGAUGCUCCUGCGGCUGCGGAAACCGCAAAUGCUACGGAAGCAACAGAAGAGGCCUUGCCGGCUGCGGAGACGAAUGAGACUCUCAGUGCGAAACCCUCUGCGAACGCUGCAUCCUCGGGCGUGUCGGGAGUAGGUGUAGACGGGCUAUUUGAGCGAAAGAAGACACUCUACAUUGGGAACCUGUUUUUUGAUGUUACUGAAGCCGACCUGGUCAAAGAAUUUGCGCGCUUCGGUCCUGUUGCGAAAUGCAAGGUUGUCCGCGAUGCUCGCGGCUUAAGCAAAGGCUUUGCCUACGUUGAUUUCUCAACUCAAGAAGCGGCGGACGCGGCCCUCGAAAACCUCAACAUGCAACUGUUCGAAGGCCGUCGGAUCACUGUUCAAUAUGCCGCUCGCCCUACGAAUGGAGCAGACACCGAAAGCCGCAAUCGCGUCAACGUAGCCAAGAACCCUCCUUCCCGAACCCUCUUCAUUGGCAACAUGUCCUUCGAAAUGACGGACCGCGAUCUCAGCAAUCUUUUCCGUGGCAUCAAGAACGUUAUUGACGUCCGUGUUGCUAUUGACCGACGCACCGGCCAGCCAAGAGGUUUUGCGCAUGCUGACUUUAUUGAUGUCAAAAGCGCUAUGGAUGCCAUGAAGGCCCUGGCUGGAAAGGAGAUCUACGGACGAAGAUUAAGGGUGGACUACUCGUACAGCUCGGCAAGCAGAGCGCCACGAAAUGAACCGGAGGAGUCUGGACCUGCACCUGAGUCUGCUCCUCAAUAG